AUGGUAAAACCCUUCACUCCAAAAUCUCUUUUCAAUCUCCGCCCUAUAUUUUCUUUUUCAUCACAGUCUCAUCAUAAUCAUGAACAUAACAAAUACCCUAAUUUAGUCAACAAUGUUUGCAAAAUGCUAACCAAUCCUCGUUGGUUCAAAAAUCUAGAGCUCAAGCAUGUUAGUCACACGCUCAAUCACACUCAUGUUGCCAGAAUUGUAAGCUCUGUUAAAGACCUAGAUGUAGUCGUUAGAUUCUUUUAUUGGAUCACCAAAACCUAUUCUUAUAAGCAUGAUUUGAAUUGUUACAAGGCAAUGUUGAACCGGUUAGUCCGGGAACGUCGUCCUCGGUUAGGUGAUACGGAUCAGAUUAGGGUUUUGAUGGUGAAAGAGUGUACAACUGAGGGUCAGCUUAUGCAGGUUGUGUAUUAUUUCAAUGAGAUUAGAGGUAAAGGUGUUGGGUAUAGUUUGUAUAGCUGUAACGCGUUGUUGAUUCAGAUGGGGAAGUUUCGGAUGGUUGAAGCCGCUCGUGAUGUGUUUGGAAAGAUGCUAGGUUAUGGGAUUAAACCAAGUUUGUUAAAGUUUAAUACAAUGAUUAAUAUGUUGUGUAAAAGGGGAAUGGUUCGAGAAGCAAAGUCGUUGUCUGAUCAGAUGGGUGAGUAUGAUCUGUGUCCGGAUGUGUUUACCUUUAGUUCUAUGAUUCUUGGUUUUAUUCGAAAACGGAAGCUUGAUGCUGCUUUUGGGCUGUUUAAUCGGAUGCUCAAGGAAGGGUGUGAGCCAAAUUCGGCAACAUAUACCAAUCUUAUAAACGGGUUGUGCAGUGUGGGUCGGGUUGAUGAGGGGUUGGACAUGCUCAAGGAAAUGAUGGACAAAAACAUUGAGCCCACUGUUUAUACAUUCACAAUACCGGAUUUUUCGCUAUGUGCUGGUGGGCGCGUGAAGGAGGCUAUUGAUCUCGUAGUUAUCAUGAGGAAAACGGGCUGUUUGUUGAACGUGCAUACCUACACAGCUCUUACAAGUGGCAUGUUCCGUGUAGGACAGCCUGAACUAGCAGUUGGCUUUUACCAUAAAAUGUUGAAAGAUGGUUUGAUUCCAAACACGGUUACUUAUAAUGCCCUCAUACAUGAGUUAGGUGUGAUAUGUAGGUGUGAUGCUGCUUUUAUGGUUUUUGAUUGGAUGGAGGGACAACAUGGUAAUUUGUCAAAUACCGAAACAUACAAUGAAAUCAUUAAUAUCUUGUGCUUGAUGGAGAACUUUCAGAAGGGUAUGGUUAUUUUGAGUAAAAUGAUGAAAGUUGGCCCUUCUCCGACAGUUGUUUCGUUUAAUACCUUAAUUUUUGGAUUUAUUAAACAAGGGGAUUUAUGUAAUGCAAUGAGAUUAAUGAGCUUGAUGAAGGCAAAUGGAUGCAAACCAGAUGAGUGGUCUUAUGCUGAAGUUAUUUCAGGGUUUUGUAAAACAGGGGAUCUUGAUGGAGCUAUGACUUUUUUCCAUGAAAUGGUUGACCAAGGGUUGAAACCUAAUCAGGUUCAUUUAACGACUUUAAUUGACGGUCAUUGCAAAAAAGGUGAGGUAGAAACUGCAGUUCUGUUAUUGGAAACAUUUAAUUGCAGGCCUAGGAUUGAAACUUACAACACACUCAUAUCAUGUUUAUCAAAAAAGAAUCAAUUAUGUGAAGCCCAAAAGCUAUGCGAGGAACUGGUAGAGAAAGAUUUGUCUCCAAAUGUGAUUACCUACACGUCUUUAAUCGACGGGCUAUGUCGUAAUGGCAGUGUUGAUUUUGCAUUUAGUAUUUUCGAUGAAAUGAGGAAGAAGAAUUGCAUGCCAAAUUUGUUAACUUAUAGUUCACUAAUUUAUGGGUUAUGUUUGGAUGGAAAUGUAGCUAGAGCAGAAAUAUUACUUGAAGAAAUGGAAAAUAAAGGAAUCAUUCCUGAUCAUGUGACAUAUACUUCAUUGAUCGAUGGAUAUGUGUCACUAAACCAAGUGGACCGCGCCUUUUCACUUCUUCAAAAGAUGGUCAGUAGCGGAUGCAAACCCAACUACCGAACUUUUUGUGUCCUGAUGAAAGGUUUAGAAAAAGAAAGCUGGGUACUUUUUGAAAAAGCUGCAGGCCAACACGAAGCAAUGGUUGACUUUUGUAGCUCGGGUGGGAAAGGGUUAACUUUCGCUAAUCUUUUAGAUAGAAUGUUGUGUGAACCAACAGUUGACACCUACAGUAACAUAAUUUCCGGUUUGUGUAAAGAAGGUAAGAGUACAGAGGCAGUUGAAUUGUUCCAUAACAUGGAAGAAAAAUCCAUAACUCCGGAUCUAAAUAUAUAUGCUUCUCUUAUAGCCGUACACUGUAAAAACUUGAAAAUGGAAGCCGCUUUAGAAUUCUUUAAUUUGAUGCUGGUAGGGGGGUUUGAACCUCAUAUUAAAUCUUAUAAAGCACUUAUUUGUGGUCUAUGCAAAAUAGGGCAAACGAGUAAAGCCCGUGAGUUAUUUGAGAACAUGCUAGAUCAACAAUGGGAUGCUGAUGAGGUUGUUUGGACGAUCUUGAUUGAUGGGGUUCUUCUUAGGGAGGCUGACGUGGAUACAUGCGUUCGUUGUAUCCAUAUAAUGGAAUCAAAGAACAGGAUUCCUAACUUUGAGACGUAUGUAAUGUUGGCAAAACAAGUGUCAGCAACCGAUGGUAGCUGUGAUGUUAAUGCUGUU